AUGGUCACUGCCUUCUUUUUACUGGAGUGGUGCCUUCGCGUCCGGGUUUUUGGCCUGAAGUGGUUCAAGGACAGCGAGCAUCUCCUGGACACCUUCAUUGUGUGGAGCGACCUCUUCAAGUUUUUCCGCAUUGCCCGGAUGCUUCGAUUUGUGCAGCUAGUGAAAGCCUUCAAACACGUUGGUGCCUUUGAGGAUCUGUGGAAGCUGGUGCGUGGACUCGUCAGCAGUGGAGGCACUCUCGCCUCAGCAAUGAGCCUUAUCGUUUUCAACCUGUAUGUGUUUGCCAUCUUUUGCUGCGAGCUGAUCGGUUUUCAGCAGUUCACUGCGGAUGCCUCCGAUGGCGCCAAAGAAGCACAGGAGAGAUUCAAAGGGAUAAGUGCGUCAAUGCUGACGUUGACGCGCUUUAUGCAUGGUGACGAUUCGCAGGGCAUCAUGGAUGCCUUGGUGGAAGAGUUGCCCUGGAUUUGGAUCUUUCUGUGGCUCUUCACCGCAAUGUCAUCCUUCGUUCUUCUGAACUUGGUGACGGCCGUGAUCGUCCAGCAGGCCAUGGACAUGUCGAAGGGUGAUGAAAAGGAGAUGGCAAUUCUUCGGAAAAGGGAACAGGAACGGGAGAUGAAAGAAUUGGAGGAGAUGUUCCGCGAAAUCGAUGAAGACGGAAGUGGUAUCGUGAGCCUGGCAGAGUUCAAAGAGGCCUUCAAAGACCCAGCAAUCUGCGACAAGUUUUUGAUGCUCGGGCUGAAGGAGGAGCAGGCCAUGGAGCUCUUCUCCCUGCUGGACACUGGCGGUGAGGGAGAGCUGGAUCUCUCCGAGUUCAUGCAAGGCAUGUCCCAGCUAAAGGGGGUCGCAAAGAACAAGGACAUGGUCAUGCUCACAAAAGGCAUCGAGCGCCUGGGUAAAGGCAUCAUCAGGAUGGGAGAAGGCAUGGGCUUGAGCGGUUUGAAAGAUGAGCACGAGGAAGGCGGAGAAGGCAAGCUGAAAGAGCGCGUGGGCAACCUGCGGAGCAAGGUGCGGGAGCGCCUGCAGAAGUCGGAGGACGAGAUGUUGCGCUUGUCCUCGCGGAUGGACAGGAUGCUGAAGCAGACGGAGGCUGCCAUCCGACGAAUCAAAACAGGUCAGCCGGCAGGCUCUGGCCAAGCAGACGCCAAGGAUGACUUGGCAAAGUCGCGGAGCCGGAGGCGAGAUGGUGAGAAGAAGGCUGGAAGAGCAGAGGAGAAAGACAGCAAAGAGCUCAAAGAGCUCAAAGAUAGGAAGGAGCCACGCGAAAAGAGGGAGAAGCGGGAGCACAAGGAACCCAGGGAACAUAGAGAUCGUGAACACCACAAGGAGCGGCGAGAAAGGGGCAAGAAACGGGGCGAGGAAGAGGAUGCCGAUGAAGCGGACGCUUGA